AUGGUUCUAUAUGCAAUCGCUAGAGAUUUUAGUAGUGUGUAUACCAGGCUUUUUACCUUGGGCACUACUUUGAUCCGCCUGGACAUGGACUUGAUCACGGACUACGAUGCGGCCAAAACGGGGGCGAAAGACAUCCUAUUGAAUGAAGGCUACGAACAGAGCCUUUUCAAGGAUUUGAUGAAAAUGAAAGGAAGCAUAAAUGGGAACACACCAACAAUAUGGCCAAUAUACGCGGAGGGGCUCUCUAAUGUAAAGUUCAAGGUUGAGAUCGGAACGAUUUCCAAUAAUGCCAAAGCGGAAGGAGACGACAACCCCACUUUUACUAUGUACUUCAAACAGUCGUGCGUAACACCGAGGAUGAGACUGGGUGUGAUGUGGACAGUAGAUAAAGAGUCGCAUUGGACUCGGAAGCUGGCUCGAGCCGCUAUAUCUUCAGUUCUCUUCGACGAGAACACGAGUAAGGACGAUUUCGUCGAAUAUGCAGAGUAUGUGGAUGCAUGA